GCGGAUAAAUAGAAGAAAUUGAAAGUAAAGGUGUGCAAGGGGUGUUCCGUUUUUCUUCGGUGAAUCGUUUUGCAUGGGGCCUAAAAAGAAAAAAAAUUGUUUGUGUAGCGUUUCUCGAUAUAGCCUACAAUGUAUUUUUUUUAGUGUCUUGAUAUUUCAGUCGAAACGACGAUGAUUAUUGUUCACUCUCUUAUAAUGCUGCAGGCACUUUCGGUUACAAAAGGUUUCUCUGUGUCUGGAUCUGAUGAACCUUUAGUGGCUGCUUUGGGUGAGGAUAUUAUUUUGCCUUGCAAUGUGGAUACCCCAGUUCCUUUAGAAGAACUGGAGUUGGAGUGGAUUAAGAAAGACACAUCUUCUCUAGUGCAUUUGUCUGUUGCUGGAGAAGACCAACCUGAAUCUCAGCACAAGAGUUACAGGAACCGAACUCAGAUUUUUCAUGAGAACCUUUUAAUUGGGGAUUACUCACUGAAGCUAAAGAAGACAGAAGUGCAGGAUGAAGGCAAAUAUAGAUGUGUGGUUCAUUCCAGAACUCAGUCUGAAGAAGUUAUAGUGGAGCUGAAGUCAGUAGAGCGACUUUUGGUAACAGGUACAAAUGGCCCUCUUUUUGUUUAUGCUGGUGGUGAGAUAGUUUUGAACUGCUUUGUAAAUACACACAUCCCUAUUGAGAAGCUUGAAGUUCAGUGGGUAAAGACUGAAGAUGGUUCUGAAACACUGGUGCAUCUCUUUGUCGAAGGGGAGGAUCAACCGGAAUCUCAAAAUCAGCUCUAUAAGGGCCGAACUGAGCUGUCCAAUGAAUCACUUGGAGAUGGAAAUUUCUCUUUAAAACUGAAGAGUGUGGGCAUAAAAGACAAAGGAAUUUAUAAAUGUAAAGUGCACACUAAUACAGAAUCAGCAGUGACAACUAUUGAGCUUGAUGUCGGGCCUUCUGUGCUGCAUAUCUUUUUAUAUGUUUUCUCUAUUGGUUCUCUUCUGAUUGGACUGGGAACUGUGAUCCAAGCAGGUUGUUAUUUAUUUAGAAAAACACAAAGUAAGAUGGGCUACUACUGUUUCUUUGUAAACAUUGUGAUUCCCCAUGUACUCCUGGCUUUUGCCUUUGUCCUAUGGGGCAUUCUAGAAGCAGAUUGGGCUGAGACUGUGACAUGUAUAACUACACAUCUGCUGAGAGUUCUGCUCCUUUUCUUAAUUGUAUCGGAUAAACUGAGAGAACUGGGAAUGUGUCAAGGAAUAUGUUUCCAACAACUUACCAAAAAUGUAUUUGUCAUUAAUAUAAUCAUUAUUGAAGCACUAAUGGCGGCAAGUGCGAUAAGUGAAAUGCAAAGAAUGAAAAUACAGAACCUGAAGGAUGACCUAUUUUUCAUAAUUUGUGCGACAUUAUUUGCUCUUUUCAAUUUGUGCAGUAUUGUUAUCUUAACGUUUAGGAUUUUGAAAGUGUCCUUUCAUCGUUCAUUUCAUUUUAUGCGUUGUGUGGAACAAUUCAGUUUUAAGAACAUUGUGCUUCUUCAUUAUGUAUUUCUUGCAAUGUAUGCAAAUUUUAUAUCAAAUCGCAGCGACUUUUUCAUUGGGUAUAUUAUUGCAACAGUGGUUACUUUACUUUGCCUGGCUACUUUGCUGUUUCACAAGAAUAUUCAAUGUCCAUGCAAAUGUCUAGCAGGGGACUGCCCGAAGCACGCCGACCCGUGGUCUGACAACGAGACGACGACGGGAGACGAAGAGGAGCCGCUGUCGACUGCAGAAUGGCUGCGGGGCGGAAGCUGCCCGGAAGUCUCUUCCCCGAAGACGUCCGCUCAUAGGGUGGAGGGAGCGUUGGAAGACCGGAAGUUCCUCCCCAAAACAAGUACGGGAUUGGACGGUGUGUGUUGUGUCCCCGCCGGUGAGUACAAGAAGGCGGGACCAACAAACGUCAAUCCUGGGACACCCGAAGACCCAACGGAGCAUGCGCAGGAGCUCCACGGCUCCCAGCCGGCAGGAGUUAGAGAAAGACUUUCGUCCUGUGCAGCCUCUCUUGCAGGUAUUAUAGAACCUGACGAGUGUGCUCAAGACGCUGGAGGAGACUACGGACGCGCCCCUGAGAGCCGUACUGGGGUGGUUAACGCGGUGCGACGUGGGAUUCUCCAGUCAGUCCGAUGCGUCGGUACAGAUGCAUGGCAGAGUUUAUGAACCAUGGCCUCACCUACAGCAUUACUGGUUUUGAGAACUGACCAACACAAUAUUAAUUAAGUAUCAUGUUUGUGGCACAUCCAUUACAUUAUCAAAACCAAAACACAAAAUAAUGUUAAUGAUAUAUCAAUUAAUGAAAAAAUGUUCAUGCAGGUUACUUUUCACAAAGUAAGACUUUUAGAUAUAGCCCUGGAUUUCUCUCAGAUGACUGUGUCAAUCAUCAACUCUAGAGGACAUCUCGUACCCCAAAUCCAAGAGAGAAGUUCUAGUUCUCUUCUCCUUUCCAGGCAAGUGUUGUAUUCCUCCUUAUCUGACUCAUGACUAAGAGGGAGAGGUUAUUUUUCAAGUUGGGCCCAGGAGUACUUCUGUUAUAACAUUAUUGUGUCCAGGAAACACUUCCAAGGUCAGAUGGAAGCUCCACAUGAUAGGGAAGCCUCCAUCCAGCUCCUUCCUCCAGUGGUCCCCUUAGUCUACAAAAGAGGGCUGCCCAUCAAGACUGAAACUCCCAUGCAGCCUUGUGCAUGUCCAAACGGAAGUCCCACCAGAAGGUUACCACCAUGCAGUGUACUGGAUUAGCACAUUGCCCAGAAGGCAGUCUCCCACUGUCUAUCUUCUUUUACCAACAUGUUAAUGAUAAGUCAUUGAAUAUUGGUGUCAUGGAAUACUGGUGAUUUCAACCAGGGGAACUCUGGAAGGAACAAUGAAAAACUCACAACAGUAUGUGUCAUAUUUCAUUUGUGGACACAAGUAGCUAUAUCUGCUUUAUUUACAUGUUAAAUGCCUUCAAAUGUAAACCUACAAGCCUGAUAUCAGAUGAAAACAGUGCCCAUCAUUAUCUAAACCAGAAGAUAUUUUGUUUAGGAGUGGUGAUUAUUUUUAAUAUUUAUAUUUUUCUCGAGCUUCUGUAAGGUCUUAAUUUCCCCUUAUCCAUCUACAGUAUCUGUCUAUCUAUAUUGGAUAAGGUAACAUGAACCUGACGAGGAUUCCUGCAUACCCACGCCAUGUAUCAUAUUACUGCUCCAUGUGCUGAGCCCCUGUAGGAGAGGUGGCCAGUCCCUUGAGGAGCUGUCCAACUGGUAGAAGGCAGUGGGUUACAAAGUCUGAAUAGUUUCAUCCUGAUAAUAUGAGAAGAAGAACAGUGAAGCUGUUUGCAAUUUUUACAGACCUGACUGUUUAAAGUAUUUGAAGCCUAGGCAUUGUCUCCAUCUGUGUCGCCUCUUUUGACACUAGAAACCUUUAUUCCCCGGUGUUGAAUGUCUUUUUUCUAUUUUUGAAGUUGAUACUAUUGCUAGAUUUAGGCUUUUGAAACCUUUUUUUAAACUGCUGACAUGUUGACUGUGUCUCUGCAUUAACCCUUCCUUUCACAGACAUUUCUCUUUUGCCUCAUACUCUCAACCUCCUUGUUUGCAAUUAAUUAAAGAAGCAGACGAAGGUGGCAACCCCCUGAUGCAUGACUUAGGAGGGUAUUCUUUUUUUGUCACCAUACCAUUGUUGAUUAGUGAGCUUCAUCUAGUAGACUCGCUUCUUGGAGGUUUUAUGUGAGUAACAGAAGAGACCUGUACUACCUGUAAUCUUUAAUCCUUCUCUAAUAAUCACUUCCUUUACAGGAACAUAAUUUUUCUGUAGCUGUGACAUCUUUGUAGGAGUCAGAGUAGUUUCAAUGCUUGUAUUAACACGCAGACCCUUUCCAUUCUGAACCCUGAUUUCUCUAGCUGACCAGGCACAAUUGUCAUUGUCAGCAUCAGAGUACGUUGGGGUUGGAACCCCUUUCCAAAAUGCUUCUCAUGAUUUUGUAUUGCUCCAGCUGGACCAUCAAUCGGUUUGCAGUGUUUCCCAAUCAACCAAGGAAGGCUUUGGAACUUCCCAUCUGAUUCCUCUAAAUCAAAGAGCCUGUUUUCUAUGCAUGUCCUGUUGAGUACCGUGGAGCACUCUGGGAUUUGGAGUUCAGUCCAUUGUCUUGACAUUCCAGCAUACUCUGAUGGCAUUACCUUAAUUCUGAAAUCCAGACGCUGAAUCAGCCCUGGUUCAGUUUUGGAAGGAAUGAUUUGUAGAUUCACUUACCAGUACAGAGCUCUGAGUUUCAUCUGUCCAGGCUCUGGAAACCAUCUUGGUUUCUCAAUGUGUUUCAUGAUCUCUCAGCCCUUGGCCAGUGGGGUUCCAAUGAUAUCACAGAGAGCAACUGCAAGAGCCUUUUUCCUAUGAAAUCAAAACAUACUAAAAAUAUAUUUAAAGCGAUUGUCUUUUAUGAAUGGCAUGACAAAAUACUGUAAUAUGUUAAAAUGUAUAUUUCUAUGUUCAGGUCUUAUAAAAAUACAAUACAGCUC